AUGUCGGGUCUAAAGCCGUCCAAUGUGGUUAUAAUCCACCCAGAUCUCGGCAUCGGUGGCGCUGAGCGACUAAUAAUUGACGCGGCGCUAGCUCUCCAGAAUCGAGGCCACCGUGUGACCAUCUACACCUCCCACCGUGACAAAGCCCACUGCUUCGACGAAGCCCGCGAUGGCACGCUGGAUGUUCGCAUCCGCGGAAACACCAUAUUUCCCGCACAUGUAUUCGGUCGCCUUCAUAUUCUCAUGGCCGCCCUGCGCCAGCUCCAUUUGACAGCGUCCCUCCUGUCUGAACUGGGAUCGAGAGACACACCCGGUAGCGCAAAAUCGGAGAAGGACCAAAAGUCCACAGGGUACGAUACAGUACAAGAUGACAUAUUUAUUGUGGAUCAAUUGCCCGCCUGUGUACCCUUUCUCAAGUCCUUCGGCCAGCCGCGAAAGUCCGCCCGUCAACGGAUCCUAUUCUAUUGCCAUUUCCCCGACCAGCUGCUCGCACGCCGCGACGAAGGCGGCUCCCUCCUCAGACUAGCGAAGCAAUUAUACAGAUUCCCAUUCGAUUGGUUUGAGGGCUGGGCAUUGAGUGCGUCCGAUCGAGUGGUCGCGAACUCGAAUUUCUCGCGCGGGGUUGUGAAGCAGGUCUUUGGUGCAGAUAAAUUGGGAGAUGUGGAGGUAAUCUAUCCUUGCGUUGAUACCGAUGUGAAGUCUGCAAUUGGAGAUCCAGCGUCUUCGGGGCCCCUGUGGGGUGGUAAGAAGAUAUUGCUUAGCAUCAAUCGCUUUGAGCGAAAGAAGGACAUGGCUCUGGCCAUCCGCGCAUACAAUGGACUCGGCGCGGAUAAGAGGGAAGGAACGAGAUUGGUAAUCGCAGGCGGUUACGACAAUCGUGUCCAAGAAAACGUCCAGUACCACCAGGAGCUUGAUACCCUGGCGACAAAACUUGGACUGCGGACUGCAACAUCGAAGACUGUUGUUUCUGCUCUUUCGAUCCCCGACGAUAUCGAUGUACUCUUUUUGCUCUCCGUCCCCAAAACUCUCAAAGAUAUCCUACUGGCACAAUCUAAGCUGCUCUUAUACACGCCAAUUAAUGAACACUUCGGAAUUGUUCCCGUCGAGGCAAUGCAUGCUGGACUGCCCGUGUUGGCUUCAAACACUGGUGGUCCAUUGGAAACUAUUGUCGAGGGCGAAACGGGCUGGCUUCGGGACGCUCACGCCGACGACGAGUGGACAGCCGUUAUGGACAAGGUUUUAUACGGUCUGAGUCAACGGGAUGUUGCAAAGAUGGCUGUAGCUGGAAAGCAGAGAGCCGAGCGAGAGUUUUCACUCACGGCUAUGGGCGAUCGACUGGAAGAAGAAAUAUCCACCAUGCUUUCAGUCGAUCGUCGCCCGUUUGAUGGGUGGACGCAAGUAUUCGUUGGGAUCGCUCUUGUCGUGGCUUUACUGGCCAACAUCGGCCUCUUCCUGUCUCACAUCAUGUAG